AUGCCGCACAUGCCCCAAGGGAUCGUCAAGGGCGGCAAGGAAGACGUCAAGCUCAACAAUCAGUCUCUUUGGCAGACAAAGGCCUACAUCAACGGAGUAUGGACCGAUGCUGACAACAAAUCCACCCUCAAGGUGUUCAACAAAGCCACCGGCGCCGAGAUCGGUCAGGUGCCAGACAUGGGCGCCAACGAGACCGCGGCCGCCAUCAGCGCUGCUGACGAGGCUUUCAAGUCUUGGUCCAAGACCACCGCCAAACACCGCCACGACUUGCUCAUGAAGCUCUAUUAUGCCCACCAGGAGAACGCUGAAGACCUUGCUAAGAUCAUUGUAGCCGAAAACGGAAAAGCGCUGCCAGAGGCCAAGGGCGAGAUAAGCUACUCAAAUGGUUUUCUCGAGUGGUUUGCCGAGGAGGCUACGCGUACCUACGGACACACUGUGCCCUCGCCUCUCCCUGGCGUUCGCAACGUCGUGCAGAUGCAGCCUGUUGGUGUCGCUGGUCUCAUCACUCCUUGGAACUUCCCUGCCGCCAUGAUCACGCGCAAAGCAGCUCCUGCGCUCGCUGCGGGAUGUACCGUCGUUGUCAAGGCGCCCGCUGAAACACCCUUCUCUGCACUUGCCUUCGCCCACCUGGCCGAGAAGGUCGGCUUCCCCAAGGGCACCAUCAACGUCGUCACCUGUGCCAAGGGGGACAACGAAAUUGCUGUCGGCAAGCAACUCUGCGAAAACCCCGCUGUGCGGAAAAUCUCGUUCACCGGCUCCACCCGCGUCGGAAAAAUUCUUAUGAGCCAAUCCGCCUCGACUCUCAAGAAGCUCUCUAUGGAGCUCGGCGGUAACGCUCCCUUCAUUGUGUUUGAGGAUGCCGAUCUUGACAAGGCGGUCGAGGGUGCGAUCGCCUGCAAGUUCCGAGGCUCGGGUCAGACUUGCAUCUGUGCCAACCGAAUCUACGUUCAUGCCAGCAUCAAGGAUGAGUUUCUUCAGAAACUCGCCGCCAAGGUCAAUGACUUCAAGGUCGGCUACGGCAUGGACAAAGGCACGACGCACGGCCCACUCGUCAGCGAGGCCGGUCUCAGCAAGGUCGAAGAGCACGUUAACGAUUCGGUCAAGAAGGGCGCCAAAGUCAUUGUCGGUGGAAAGCGCGGCGAAGGCCUCUUCUUCGAGCCCACCAUCAUCACCGACCUGCCCGAAGACGUUCCUACCGACCGCGAAGAAACGUUUGGCCCUCUUGCCGCCGUGUACACAUUCACUAGCGAACAAGAGGUGGUACGAAAGGCUAACAACGUCGACGUCGGUCUGGCUGGCUACUUUUUCUCCAAAGACACGGCACGCUGCUGGCGUGUCGCCGAGGAGCUCCAAGUCGGUAUGGUCGGCAUCAACACCGGCCUCAUCUCGCAACACGCCGUCCCCUUUGGCGGCGUCCACGAAUCCGGUUUUGGACGCGAGGGUGGUCGCACUGGCAUCGACGAGUACCUUGUACAGAAGCUGAUGGUAUUUGGCGGCGUCAAUUGA